AUGCAAGCUCUAGUGCUGUUGCUACGAGCUCUUCUUCUCCAGGGUGUAUCUCUUCCUCCUCCGCUUGCUGACAGUGUCGAGCCGAGCAAACUUAAGAUCACUACUCUUCCAAAUGGUCUUAAGAUCGCCUCGGAGAUGUCUCCAAAUCCGGCAGCUUCGAUUGGGUUGUAUGUUGAUUGUGGCUCUAUCUAUGAGGCUCCUUAUUUCCAUGGAGCAACCCAUUUGCUUGAAAGGAUGGCUUUCAAGAGCACGACAAAUAGGAGCCAUCUACGUCUUGUGAGGGAAAUAGAAGCUAUUGGAGGGAACACCUCCGCAUCUGCUUCCAGGGAGCAGAUGAGUUACACUAUUGAUGCUCUUAAAACCUAUGUACCUGAAAUGGUUGAGGUUCUUAUUGACAGUGUGAGGAACCCUGCUUUCUUGGAUUGGGAAGUCAAUGAAGAGCUACGUAAAAUGAAGGUGGAGGUAGCAGAACUUGCGAAGAACCCUAUGGGGUUCCUCAUGGAGGCUGUUCACUCUGCUGGUUAUUCAGGUGCAUUGGCAAAUCCUCUGUACGCACCUGAGUCUGCUUUGCACAGAUUGAAUGGGGAACUCUUGGAAGAGUUUAUGACUGAGAAUUUCACGGCUGCACGUAUGGUACUGGCGGCAAGUGGAGUUGAGCAUGAAGAUCUUUUGAAAGUUGUUGAGCCAUUAACUUCUGACCUGCCUAACAUACCACGCCAAGCAGAGCCUAAGUCUCAGUAUACUGGUGGAGAUUUUCGCCAACAUACUGGUGGAGAGGCUACACACUUUGCGCUUGCCUUUGAGGUUCCCGGCUGGAAGAGCGAGAAAGAAGCACUCAUCGCCUCUGUUCUCCAGAUGCUUAUGGGAGGAGGUGGCUCAUUCUCAGCUGGAGGCCCUGGAAAAGGAAUGCACUCAUGGCUCUAUCUCCGUAUUCUGAACGAAUAUCAGCAAGUUCAGUCAUGCACCGCAUUCACUAGCAUCUUUGACAACACUGGACUGUUUGGAAUCUAUGGUUGCUCGAGUCCUGAGUUUGCUGCAAAAGCAAUUGAAUUAGCAGCUAAAGAACUGAAAGAUGUAGCAGGAGGAAAAGUUAACCAGAAGCAUCUUGAUCGCGCCAAGGCAGCCACGAAAUCUGCUGUUCUGAUGAAUUUGGAAUCUCGGAUGAUUGCAGCAGAAGACAUUGGCAGGCAGAUACUUACAUACGGAGAGAGGAAACCAGUUGAACAGUUCUUGAAGGCAGUAGACGAACUUACAUUGAAAGACAUUACAGAAUUCACCAGCAAGAUAAUUUCAAAGCCUUAG